CGCGGCGCGGCGCGGCGCGGCGGGAGGAGCGGCCCGCGGCGUGGCGGCGCGCGCUUCCCUCGGCGCACCAUGGCGCGGGCCGGAGCGGCCGACGAGCGGCGGCUGCUCCUGCGCUCCGUCGCGCUGUGGCUCGCCCUGCUCGGCGCCCGCACGACGGCCGCGUCCAAAGCGGUGACCGCGCACUUGGCUGCCAAGUGGCCCGAGACCCCGCUGCUGCUGGAGGCCAGUGAAUUUAUGGCAGAAGAAAGUAAUGAAAAAUUUUGGCAGUUUGUGGAAACAGUAAGAGAAUUAGCAGUUUAUAAGCAAACAGAAUCAGAUCAUUCUUACUACAACCUAAUCCUGAAGAAAGCUGGACAGUUUUUAGACGACAUACACAUCAAUCUCCUAAAGUUUGCGUUCUCAAUAAGGGCAUACUCUCCAACUAUUCAGAUGUCCCAACAGAUCGCUGCUGAUGAGCCACCACCAGAUGGAUGUAAUGCAUUUGUGGUCAUACAUCAGAAGUACACCUGUAAAAUCAAUGAAAUUAAAAAGCUGCUGAAUAAGGCUGCUUCAAGGCCCAGGCCUUAUCUGUUUAGGAGAGAUCAUAAGUUCCCCACGGGCAGGGAGAACUUACCAGUGGUCAUUCUUUAUGCAGAAAUUGGUACUAGAGCAUUUGCUGAGUUUCACAGAGUGUUGUCUAAGAAAUCUCAAAAUGGUAAAAUUCUGUAUGUUCUCCGCCACUACAUUAAGAAACCAAGCUCAAGGAAAAUGUACUUAUCUGGCUAUGGUGUGGAGCUAGCAAUUAAGGAUACAGAAUACAAGGCGUUGGAUGAUAUCCAAAUUAAAACUACUGCUGAUACUUCUUUAGAAAAUGAGACUGAAGCAGAUGAAGUUCAAGGAUUUCUUUUCGGGAAACUGAAAGAAAUAUAUUCAGAUCUUAAAGAUAAUCUGACACUAUUCCAAACGUACCUGAUUGAAAGCAGCAAGGAAAUGAUGCCUUUGAAAGUCUGGGAAUUACAAGAUCUGAGUUUUCAAGCAGCCUCUCAAAUAGUGUCUACCCCUGUCUAUGAUGCCAUAAAGCUAAUGAAGGAUAUUGCACAGAACUUCCCCAUAAAAGCCAGAUCUCUCACCAGGAUUGCUGUAAAUGAACUAAUGAGAAAAGAAAUACAGGAAAAUCAAAAGGACCUACGAAAUAGAUUUGAAAUUAAGCCAGGCGAUGCUCGUCUGUUCAUAAAUGGCCUCCGUGUUGACUUGGAUGUUUAUGAUCCUUUUAGUAUUUUAGAUAUGCUGAAAUCAGAAGGAAAACUGAUGAAUGGCCUUAAAAAUCUUGGGCUCAGUGAAGAAGAUAUGAACAAAAUUUUAACAUUAAAUUUACCUGUGUGGGACUAUGACUAUGUGUUAGAUAUUCGGCAUUCUGCAAUAGUGUGGAUUAAUGACUUAGAAAAUGAUGGUAUGUACGUUACUUGGCCUACGAGUUGCUGGGAAUUUCUGAAACCAGUAUUACAUGAAACAGUUCCUUCCAUAAGGCGUAAUUUUCAUAAUUUGGUUCUGUUUAUUGAUCCUGCUCAAGAAUAUACCUUGGACUUUAUAAGUUUGGCAGAAUUUUUUUAUUAUAAUGAAAUUCCUCUUAGAAUUGGUUUUGUGUUCAUUCUGAAUGUGGAUAAUGAAGUUGAUGGAGCGGCAGAUGCUGGAGUUGCACUUUGGCGAGCUUUCAAUUAUAUUGAAGAAAAAUAUGAUGUAUUAGAAGCAUUUAUUUCCAUGACACAUAUGUACCAAAAAGUGAAGGAUAAUCAAAUACUCACCGUGGAUAACGUGAAAAGUAUUCUUCAAAAUAAAUUUCCUAAUGCUGAUAUUUUGGAUAUCUUGGGAACCCAUUCCAAGUAUGAUAGAAGAAGAAUGGCAGGAGCAAGCUUUUAUAAGAUGACUGGCCUAGGUCCUUUGCCUCAGGCUCUUUAUAAUGGGGAACCCUUUGACCUCAAAGAGUUGAACACUGAAGAACUGAAAGGAGUUGUUCUGGAAAAAAUGACGGAUACAUUUGUAUAUCUACAAAGAGAUGUUUUUAUGGGCAUAUUAAAUGAUGAAAUCAAUGCGAUUGAUUUCCUGAUGGAUAAGAAUAAUGUUGUACCCCGCUUAAAUUCUUUGAUUUUGCACACAGAACCACAGUACCUUAAUUUAUUAUCUUCAUCAGUAACUGCUGAUAUUGAAGAUUUCUCUACUUUCUCUUUCUUGGAUUCACAAGAUAAGAGUGCUGUGAUUGCAAAAAACAUGCAUUAUUUAACUCAAGAUAAUAUGAUAUCUGCCGUCACUUUGUGGAUUAUUGCUGAUUUUGAUACCCCUCCUGGGAGGAAACUGCUUUUUAAUGCAUUAGAGCAUAUGGAAAUGAGUGUCCAUAGUCGGCUAGGGAUUGUUUAUAAUCCCACAUCAAAGAUAAAUGAAGAGAACACAGUCAUUUCCAGAGGAAUUCUGGCGGCUUUUCUUACACAUACAAGCAGCGUGCUGAGACGCUUCCUGAGGAAGCUGGCAAAAGAAGAGACGGCUGAAGCGAUUUACUCUGGAGACAAGAUGAAAACGCUCCUUACUGGGGAUAUGGAUAAGAAUGCUUUUGAGAAAAAAUAUAACACCGUUGGAGUAAAUAUUUUCCGAACUCACCAGUUAUUCUGCCAAGAUGUGCUGAAAUUGCAGCCGGGCAGGAUGGGCAUCGUCAGCAAUGGCAAAUUUUUAGGUCCUUUAAAUGAAGAGUUCUACAUAGAAGAUUUUUACUUGGUUGAAAAGGUAACAUUUAGUAAUUCCGUAGAGAAAAUUAAAGACGUUGUUGAAAAUAUGGAAGUCAACCCGAAACACACAAGUGACCUUGUGAUGAAAUUGGAUGUACUUCUUUCUUCAUUGUCUGUGCGUGCCACUCGGUAUAACAUCACGUUACUCAAAGAGAAUCUCAGUGUUAUAAAGAUAAAUCCUCCAGAGAAUGACGUGUUCUUUGAUGUCACUGCUAUUGUUGAUCCUUUGACAAGAGAAGCUCAGAAGAUGGCACAGUUCCUGAUUGUGCUUGGGAAGAUUGCAAAUGUGAGGAUAAGGCUGUUCCUGAACUGCAGAGACAAGCUCUCAGAAGCCCCUCUCAGAAGCUUUUACCGUUUUGUACUGGAGCCAGAGCUGUUAACAGGGGCUAACAAUAGCCCUUCUAAUGGACCAGUGGCAAAGUUCCUGGACAUCCCAGAAUCACACCUUCUGACUCUCAACAUGAUCACCCCGGAGGGAUGGUUGGUUGAAAUCGUCCACAGCAACUGUGACCUCGACAAUAUUAACUUAAAAGAUACUGAGAGAGUUGUUACAGCAGAGUAUGAACUUGAGUAUCUACUACUUGAAGGACAUUGCUUUGAUAUGACGACAGAACAGCCCCCACAGGGUCUGCAGUUCACUCUGGGCACAAGAAGCAACCCUGCGAUGGUUGACACAAUAGUGAUGGCCAACCUUGGGUAUUUUCAACUAAAAGCAAACCCCGGUGCUUGGAUACUGAAACUACGUGAAGGAAAAUCUGAAGAUAUUUAUGAAAUAGUUGGGCAUGAAGGAACCGACUCUGAGACCGACACAGGCGAUGUCAUUGUUGUGUUAAACAGUUUCAAGAGCAAGAUACUGAAAGUACAGGUAAAGAAAAGAUCAGGCAAAAUUACAGAAGAUAUCCUUGCUGAUAAACAUGAAAAUAGAGGCAUGUGGGAUUCAAUUAAAAGCUUCACAAAAAGUCUGCAUGAAGAUAAGAAAAAGGAAAAUGACAUCCUAAACAUUUUUUCAGUUGCUUCUGGCCAUUUAUAUGAACGUUUUCUAAGGAUCAUGAUGCUCUCUGUUCUGCGGAAUACCAAAACUCCAGUGAAGUUCUGGUUUCUGAAGAACUACCUCUCACCAACAUUCAAAGAAGUAAUUCCUCACAUGGCUAAGGAGUAUGGAUUCCAGUAUGAACUUGUCCAGUAUAAGUGGCCUCGUUGGCUUCGUCAACAAACUGAAAAGCAACGGAUCAUUUGGGGUUACAAAAUCCUUUUCCUUGACGUCCUUUUCCCACUGGCAGUGGGCAAAGUCAUAUUUGUUGAUGCUGACCAGAUUGUCAGACACGACCUAAAGGAACUCCGAGACUUGGAUCUGGGCGGAGCUCCGUAUGGGUUCACGCCAUUCUGUGACAGCCGCAGGGAAAUGGACGGCUAUCGCUUCUGGAAGACAGGAUACUGGGCGUCACACCUUGUGAAAAGAAAAUACCAUAUCAGUGCCUUGUAUGUCGUGGACCUCAAGAAGUUCCGGAGAAUCUCAGCAGGGGACCGGCUCCGCGGCCAGUACCAAGCUCUCAGCCAAGAUCCAAACAGUCUUUCAAACCUGGAUCAGGAUCUUCCCAACAACAUGAUUUACCAAGUUGCCAUUAAGUCUCUUCCUCAAGACUGGCUGUGGUGUGAAACCUGGUGUGAUGAUGACUCUAAAAAAAGAGCCAAAACAAUUGAUCUGUGCAAUAAUCCCAAAACAAAAGAACCCAAACUAGAAGCUGCUGCAAGGAUUGUUCCAGAAUGGGUCAAAUAUGAUACAGAAAUACGAAAAUUAUUAGAUCAUCUUGAAAACAAGAAAAAAACUGCAACUUCAGUUCAUGAUGAACUCUAGCACUGGUUGCCAGAAGGUAAAAUAUGAAAACCUGCCACCUGCUGGGCAUUUGUGGAACUGCUAAGACUAGGAGGCCAUUUCAUUCAAAUUACUGACGUAAGGUUAACUUCUUAUGAACUUUAUUUAAAAUACAUGUGAAGUUUGAAAAUAAAGUUAAUUUCUAUGAUAGAUAUAUUAUUUCUGGUUGAUUAAGAUGUUAUUGUUGUUGUUGCCAGGUAGUUCGAUGUUGUUAGAUGUCCUCGUUUUAGUAUUCCAGCUUUAAGUACACCCAUAUUUCCUUACUCAAAAAAUGCAUUUAAAUUUUCAGAAAUUUGUGCUUUUCAAGAAGAAGGACUCAUGGCUUUCUCUGAAUUAUUAAAAACAAGCUCAUUUUAUUCUUUAACUAUCACUUUUAAAUGGAAGUCAUAUUGCACUGGAGUCAUUAAUCUCAAAUAAUAGGUUUUAUUUUUGUGCUGUAUUUACAAUGUUCUAAAUGUUUGAUAUGCAUUAGCCAUACAUGUGUUUUUAAAAAGACUGAAUACUCUUAAAAAAACACAGUAAAGGAUAGAAACUGUAUACCUCUGUAAAAGCUGAGUAAAAGAUUUUUCCCUGCUGUGUUUCAUUCAGUACACAAAUAAGAAUAGUAAUUUAUUUUUAUUUUUUUAAUAUUACAUUUUGUUAACUUUGUAUCCCUGCUGUAUCCCACUCCCUCUUUCCCUCCCAAUCCCACCCUCCCACCCUCAUCUCCUCCUGCCCCUUUCCAACUGAUAGGGGAGGUCCUCCUCCCCUUACAUCUGAUACUGGUUUAUCAGGUGUCUUCAGGACUGGCUGCAAAGUCCUCCUCUGUGGCCUAGCAAGGCUGCUCCUCCCUGGGGGGGGAGGGGAGGAAUGUCAAAGAGCCCGCCAUCGAGUUCAUGUCAGAAACAGUCCCUGUUCCCCUUAUUAGGGUACCCACUUGCAGAAAUUGUGGUACUUUUACACAAUGGAAUACUACUCAGCAAUUAAAAACAAGGAAAUCAUGAAAUUUGCAGGCAAAUGGUGUGACCUAGAAAUGAUCAUCCUGAGUAAGGUAUCCCAAAAGCAGUAACUAUUUUUAAACUAUUCAGAUACUCUGUAUUUAUAGCGUCUUGGGACUAGAACAUAACCUCACCCACAUGUGAUCUGAUGUACAACCUUGGCCCCUUGGCUGCAUGUGUGCCAUGGGCUGAGUACAUCCCAGGAUGGUUACGAAUGAGGCCAUGCACAUAUGUAGCUGCAGCACUGUGGCCAAGAGGAGAAGGCUGGUCACCUCUGAGAGGUCUGAUGUAACCGCUGGAAUUCCUGUUUAAAACGCUCUCCAGAUUCCUCUUGAAAAGCAUUUGCUUGAGCUCAGUGUCUGAUUAGUGACCCAGUCACCCCUUCCACAUUCUGGCAGAUGAGUUAUCUUGGAAACCUCCAGGGAAUGUGGAACCCUCUCCGUCGAGAGACGGCUGGCUCAUCUUGGGACAGGUUUGCCUACAAGUUCCGUACCGAGACAUAGCUACCUGUGCCUUGAUGCCUUUUAAAUCUUCAUAAUUGGAUUAUAAUCCUGCUCUGAUAGCAUAGACUGUGGAGAAUCUGAAAAAUACCCACGUUCCUCAGCUUUCUGUUGCCGAGACGAAAUAUCCAAGAUACAACCUUAUGGAAGAAAGCCUUAUUUUCCCUCAGGGUUUCAGUGCAUGGUCACUUUCCCGUGCUGCUUUGGGCUCUUGAGAGCACAGGUCAUGAAGGGAGCACCCUGGGGAGAAGGCGCGUUCAGCUCCUGGCUGCGGGGAGCCAGAGGUGGAGAGAAUAGGGCUAGGCUCUCCACGCCUAACAGGGCCUACCACCAAGAACUUAACAUUUUUUUUAACUGGGUUUGAUCUCUUCCAAGGUUCCAACCAUUACUUCACAGUAGCACCAAAAAAAGCUGCUUUCAGAAUGUGGACCCUUAGAUCCACACCUGAACAAUAUCCUUCUUCUAGAAGUUCUCCUCUACUCAUUCCAGUCAAGAGAAUACCUUCCUUUCCCUCUUGGCUCACUAUUUUUAUUACUAAAGACAUUCAAGCUAUAUUGUAAUUAAUUUCUGCCUUAAAAUGUCAGAUGUGAAGCCUGGUGGUGGUGCACAUCUCUAACGCCAGCACUCGGGAGUCAGAGAGGUGGGUCUACACAGAGAAACACUGUCUUGAAAACAAAAUGAGAUUUGAUAGCUCCCUGCUAGCAUCUUGUGACUUGAAAGACUAAACAUGCAUGUCUCAUUCCUAGAAGAGUAAAUACUGGAAAAUCUAGAUUUUUUUUAAUUAUGAAUUUCUUUGCAAGGCCUGUACUGUAUAGGUCUAUGUCAACUUGACAAAAUCUUGAGUCUUCUGAGAGGAGGGAGCCUCAACUGAGAAAAUGCUGCCAUGAGGCUGCAGGCAAGCCGACAGAUAAUUUUCUUAGUCAUUGAUAGGUGGUGGGACUGGCCAAUUGUGCAUGGUAUCACCAUCCCUGGGCUGGUCAUCCCGGCUUCUGUUAAGAAAGCUGACUGAAAAAGCCAUGAGGAACAAGACAGCAGCCUCCUCCAUGGCCUCUGCAUCAGCUCCUGCCUUCAGGUUCCAGCCCUGUCUGAGUUCCUGUCCUGACUUCCUUCAAUGAACAGUGAUGUGAAAGUGUAGGUCAAAUGAACACUUUCUUCCACAACUUGCUUUGGUUUGUGUUUCCUCACAGCAAGGAUAACAACCCUCACUAGAACAGAAAUUGGCACUAGGAGUGGGUUAAUGCUGUGACAGACUUGACCAUAUUGUCUUCGUGAAGAUUGUGGAAGUCCUUUGGAACUCUGGGCUCGAAAAGCCAUUGAGUGCUGAGAGAUCAGUGGGCUGCUCUGUAGGAGCUUGGAGGAUAAGAACAUUGCAGUCAGUGCAAAUGGUGGAGCCUGGCUUGUGAAGUUUGGAGGAAAGCAAAGAUAACCAGGCCAUCUGUGUGAAAAAGUCUGUGGUUCCCAGCAGCUGGAGCUAAAGAAUUGGCUGAGGUUAGCAAGAGACCAGAACCCCUAAAGUAAAAUCUUUGCUUUCCUCAGACAAUAAAUGCUGGUCUGCUGGGGCCAAAGAAUCAGCUGUACUUAAGAAGAGACUAGCAUCACUGAGGUGAUCAUCCAGGAAGUAUUUCCAGUAUCAGCACACACACGGUAUUCUAUAGGUUGUACAGUGUGUUAGCAGGCAAACUUGGUAAUGUGUAAGUCUCCCAGGUGUUGCUGUUUUGAAAAUAUCAAGUGGUGGUAAGGGCAGCCAAGGCUUGGCACCGUGAGAGGCCAGGAUAGGCCACUGGUGAAAGGAUAGGCUUGGUAGCAGCUGAGGUCUCAGGAUUGAAGGGGUCAUGCAGAAAAGUUAAGGCUUGGCACCAUGAAGAGGGCCCAGGAGAGGCUGUUGCAGAAGGCCCCAGCAUUUUGGAGACACCAGAACUAUGGGACAAACACCAACAGCAGCAGCUGUGCCGUGGAGUCAGCCUGGGCCUAGAAGACAAGCUGUGUGUGCUGCAGAGAGCAAAGCCAGGGAAGCGACCCCGGAGCCCAGAAGCUUGUGAGUGAGCCCCAGAAAUUAGGCAUUGAGUUAUUUAUACAGUUGAAGUGUGGGUUUACUUUGGUCUGAGUGACUGUGCCCUGGUUCUCCCCUCUUGAAAUAAAGUGUGUGUGUGGUAUGUGUAAAAUCUGUAUAGAAGCCUACAGUACAGUUGAAAAGCUUAUGGUUUUUAAGACUGGAUUUUCUUAAAAGAAGAGACUGAAUUUUUAAAGUGUUUCAAUAUGUAAGAUUGUGGGACUUUUUAAGUCUGUAAAAACACUUUUUAAGUGUUUUAUGUUGUGAUGUUUAUAUUAAUGUGUGACCUUGGGGGUGAAUAAGGAAGGAAAGGCUGUGGCUUUAGGGCAAUAUGUGUGUCAGAUGGACAAGCAGCCAAUAGCACUGGCUAGUUUUAUCUCAACACUAAAGUUAGCCUCAGUUAAGAAAAUGCUUCCAUUAAGAUUGGCUGUAGGCAAGCCUGUAAAGCAUUUUCUCAAUUAAUGACUGAUGGGGAAUGGUCCAACCCACAGUGGGUGGAGCCAUCCCUGGGCUGGUGGUCCUGGGUUCUAUAAGAAAGCAGGCUGUGCAAGUCAUGAGGAACAAGCCAGUGAGCAGCACUCCUCCAUGGCCUCUGCAUCAGCUCCUGCCUCCAAGUUCCUGCCCUGGCGUCCCUCAGUAGAAGUAUAAGCCAAAUAAACCCUUUCCUCCCCAACUUGCUUAAUCAUUAUGUUUCAUCUCAGGGGAAAACAAAACAAACAAAUAAAAAAACCUUACUCAGUUUUGUAACUGAGUUUUCACUUUCUCCCCUCUUAAAAAAAAAAGUGAUACAUUUACCUAGGCUAAUAAUUAAAAUACUAAUUCCUCAGGCCUGGCAGGUGGUGGCAUAUGCCUUAAUCCUAACACUUGGGAGGCAGAGGCAAGCAGAUUUCUGAGUUCCAGGCCAGCCUGGACUACAGAGUGAGUUCCAGAAUAGGCCAUGCUGAUAUACAGAAAUUGUCUCAAAAAAUCCAAACAAAAAUUUGAACACAGGGGUCUUCCCAGAGACCCAUACUCCAACCAAGUACCAGGCAUGGCGAUAACCUAGAACCCCUGCGCGGAUGUAAUCCAUGGCAGUUUAGUGUCUAAGUGGGUUACAUAGUAAUGGGAAGAGGGACUGCCUCCGACACAAUCUGAUUGGCCUGCUCUUUGAUCACCUCCCCCUGAGGGGAGAGCAGCCUUACCAGGCCACAGAAGACGACAAUGCAGCCACUCCUGAUGAGAUAUGAUAGACUAAGAUCAGGAGGAAGGAGAGGAGGACCUCCCCUAUCAGUGGACUUGGGGAGGGGCAUACGUGAAGGGGGAGGGAGGGUGGGAUCGGGAGGGGAGGAGGGAGGAGCUUAUGGGGGGAUACAAAGUGAAUAAAGUGUAAAAAAAAAAUUAAAAAAAAACCAAACAAAUGCAAAACAAACAAAAACCUCUGACACAUCACAAAAAUGGACUCAAAGGUACUGAUGAGCCAGUGCUUACAAUGGAAACCUUUCUGGUGGUGCCCUAGCUGUUGUCUUGACCACUACUACUUUAAUGGAUUUAAAUGACUGCCCAAGAGCCAGUUGGUUGAAAUUUUAAGCAGCUGGGAAAGUGAGGCUCAAAGGAAAUGAGGCAAUGGAGACUUUGAAAGCAGACCUUUCAUAACUUAAAAGGUAACUAAAGGUGCCAGAUACUCAGCCAUCAGAGACCAGCCUGGGAAAAGGCUCGAGACUGUAAUCCACUCUAAGGGAGCAGACCAGGCCUUUAGGAGAAUGAAUACAAAACAUGAGAAACUGAAGAAAAGUGGGAAAACGGAAAUUUUCCAAUAGGAAGAGGGAUUUCCAAACUCCUUUGGUUUUCAUUUUUUUCAAGGCCAUGGCAGAAACUGGACAAAAGUAUUAAGGGUGUAUGUUAUGACUGACUGUGUGUCAUGCACCAAGGGAGGAUUUGCUCAAAAGGGGGAAGGUAAAGGUCCGGGGUCCAUAGAGUUCCUGGGGUAUAAGCUGCUGGCCUUAAGAUGACUGACUAUACAUUUUUAAAGGCUGAGGUGAUUAGUAACUGAGGUGAUUAGUAACAGGAGCUGUGCCUGCUAAGGGCAAGCCAGAGGCUCUGAGAAAGAACGAGGGUGUCCUUGCGUCCCACUCUCAGGCAGCACUGGGAUCCUUCUGCCUGCUGACAUCUUCAGGAGGAGACAGGCCUUUCUGUUGUCAUGGUAUCAAGAUUACCACUAAGGACUUGGAAAGUGUCUAAUCUUUCUGUAAAAGUAAUGUAUAAACCUAAGUAUUUUAUUUUCCUUCGAUACAAAAUAUAUAACUGAAAUAGAAAGCUGCCUGCCUUUGUUGUUGCUGGAAAUUUAACUGAGUGUGCUAGGGGUAACACAGAGAAAUGAGCAGAGUUCAGACAAGGCCACUUGUUAGACUUCAGCGUUAAAGUGGAGGAGUAACCCACUCUCUUCAGUCCCGUUUUCCUCGGACUUGGUGGUCUGAGAUUUUAAACACACCUACGUGUUGUGCCCUGCCCUCCCCUGUGAGCUCACAGAAAGGGAAACCUUUGUCAGCUCAGUCAGUCACUGAUUGUGUAAAAUAAAGUUGGAAACAAACUUCUACGAUGGACUUAAGACUUUUAUCUCAAAGGUUAAACAUGAAUCAGAAGCAAGAAAAGUAGUGGAUAUGACCAUAAAUAUUUUUAUUAAAUGUGAAAAUACACGGGCAUAAAAAUGUUGCCCAUAUUCAUAGACAUGUGUGAGCCCCAGUUGAAAUAAUUUUAGUUCCUUUUUUAUUAAAACACUAAAUUGAGAUAGACUGAGUUAGGCUUGUCCCAUUUACAACAAAUGUAAACGUAAGAGUAAUCACUUAUCAACAUCUCUACUUUUAUCUCCCCAUGCCCCGCAUUCCUUUGCACAGGUGAGUAUUUCAUCCACAGACGAGGGCACUAAGACCUGUCGUCACUACACAGAGCCACGCAGUGGCUAAUUUUACUCUUAAAUCAUUCAGCAAAUGAGAUCAUCUGUUUAAAAAAAUUCUCCCCCUCUUAACAUCGUGUGAAAUCAUUACAGAAUAAAUUCUGCCACCAACAGAAAAGGAAUGCUAUGAUCUGGAAAAAGAUUAGCUAUUAACAAUUUAUUAUUUGCCUUCACCUUCCUGUAUCACUACAGGAAAAGUCAAGUACAUUCAAGAAAACCAUCUUUACCAAUACUUACUGAAACGUCCCCAGUGCCCUGUAUCUGUCAGCACCCACAAAGGCCUGUGAGUGAUUUCUAACUAGUACACCUUACCUUCUGCCUUCAUGGUAAAUGCUAGUUCCUGACCAUUUUAAAGGGUUUAUGUGUGGAUUUGUCAUCGUCUUCCAGGAAUAAAUAAUGGUGACUACUGACUUUUUCCACUUAGUUAUCAAUAAUUCUCUCUCACACUUACUUUGUUUUGGGGGUGUGUGACUUAGGUACUUUUGAAGUGGAGCCUCAAAGUCUCACAGUGACCUCCUAUGCAGCCCCACAUUCUGGGAUUACAGACAUGAGCCACCGUGCUGCUUACAUUAAAAAAAAAAAAAAAAAAAAAAAAAAAAAAAA